UUUUCUUGGAUGGUGUCGCCGAGAGUACAGGCUUUAGGAUCCGCACGGCAACAUGAGGUGUAUGGCACUGACGUUUGUAGCAGCCUUUGUUCUUGGUGUCGCGUCGUCUCAAGACAUCGCUCUGUCCCCCAGUGGUAUGACGGUUCUCAAGGUGGUUUAUGGGGCAUCUUGUGGCUCAGGCAGAAUCCUGGCAGAUGAACAGUCACUUCUCACAGAUUAUGUGAAGGCUCUCUGUGACGGCAGGGACGUUUGCUCGGGCAUUGUAGACGUGGACGUCUUGAGCGGUGCCAUCGGCAGCUGCGACGGCGACUUCCACGUGGUGGCUGUGUGUGAACAUGGAGAACUCCGCUCCUAUGGUGUGGAUGGGGAGGCUGCGGGACAGGAGUUCACCAUUGACUGCAGUAGUCGGGAAAUCCCCGCCGCCCGUCAGCAUCCGGACUGGAUGGGAGAGAUGGAAAAUGUUCUGGCAAACAAGACAAUCAAAGAGCUUCGUCUUGCGGGCACACACCACAGUGGCACGUUCUCAUUCGAUAUGUUCCUGUACCAUCUCGCCAAGUGUCAGAGCAUCCGGGUAGGACAGCAGCUGAUGGCGGGUGUGCGGUAUCUGGACUACAGGCUUGGGGCGAUGGAAGAAUCUUAUGGAGCUCGAGUUAUACACGGCGUCUUCUACGGACAACAAGCUCUCACGGAUCUCCUGGAGAUAUGGGCCUUCUCUCAGCUUCAUCCCAGGGAGUUCUUUAUAGUUGACUUUCAGCAUACGUCAACACUUGAAACAUCGAUGCAACGCAAGCUGUCUGUGUGGCUGGAUGUGCUGUUCAGGGAGACGGUCAUCAACAGAUGGACAAUCCCUCUCACACAACACACAAUGAGGGAGGUAUGGGGGUCGGGAAGACGGGUUUUGUUCCUCCACGACAGACCCAGCUCAUCCCAGGUGUGGCCUCGUGGGGUGUUGUAUGCCCGCUGGCCAAAUGUGUGCACUGGGGAAACUCUAGCUGAUCACUCGGACAACGAAUUGUUCCAGAUUCACGUUCACUAUCAUCAACUGGUUGUACUUCAGUGGGUGAUCACGGUGAAGUUCCAGUGCUUGACCAGUCUUUAUGGGCGGUCCCUGGACAUCCGAGAGGAAGCCAUGCAGUGGCUCCAGCAUAACAACCACCCGUUUACCAUCGUCCUGACAGACUUUACCCUCCAGCCGCUGGAGGAGGAGGGUAUAGUGGAACAGAUCAUCGAGGCCAAUAGACAUGUGGGCACGUACUGAACAAGUUCCUUCUGAUGGACACUUAAGGUGCGAAGACAUAGCAGAUAAAUUGGACGAACAUUUUGUGAACGACACCGUUCAUUAUCCAACUUAUUUUAUGUUUCUUAUGUUAUGAUAUGAUAUUUAUGUAUUCCUAGCUUCGUUUCACUGCUCCUCCAUCUUCGUUCCGGAAGUGACGUCAUCACGUUCCCGUUCUUGACCUUAUACCAACAAUCGAUCCAAAUUGCCUUUUCUAUUUUCUAAGUUCGACAUGGCCAACAACAUUCAAAAUCGCAGCCUCUAACUGGCGAGCCUUGUAUAUGUUCAGUUGACACAGGUUUUGACAUUUUAGUUUGCACUCAUGUUAUUGCAAAUGACAGGAUGAUGUCUUCACUCUUCAAGACAUUCCUAGGGGUAAUUGUGACGGUGCUCAACAUAGAGAUAUCGCCACAUGUAUGAACAGUAUGAAAUGUUCGGGCGGUUAAAUUCAGCGUCGUAUGAUUCAAACCGGUCUGAAAACGCAGCCUUAAUUGGCGAAUGGUACCAGGGUUUAUAUCAUAUUAGAAUGAAGACAAUUCACUUGCUAAUCGAGAAUGAGUGAACGAGGACAUUUAUUGGCAGUGUUUUUCACCUUGAUGGACGUCGUUGAUGAUAUACGUUGACAGUAAUUGACUGAGAGCGUUGUAAUGAGGCAGUGAUCAGGGCCGGUUCCUGAAUACAGAAUUAAUAAACUGGGGAGCAAAAACAAUGUACACCCAAUGUUUGACAGAAAUGGUUUUCAUUGGUGAUGUAUUUAAUGUGGGUAUUAUAGUUACAGCCUUUUGUAGGCGGUGUCACGCGGCUGUUUAACAAUUUGAUAACGUUCUAGUUCUUUUGGUCAAAUCCUCUUUUAAAAUGAACAGGGGCGGUGGGGUAGCCUAGUGGGUAAAGCGUUCGUUUGUCACGCCUAAGGCCCGGGUUCGAUGCUCCACAUGGGUGCAAUGUGUGAAGCCCAUUCCUGGUCCCCCGCCGUGAUAUUGCUGGAAUAUUGCUAAAAGCGGCGUUAAACCCAACUCACUCACUUUAAAGUGUACAUUUCGUUUGUAUGCAGUUGAGUAGUUAUGACUGGAAAAUCAGCCUAAAUGCAAGUGUAGAUGAAGCAAAAUUGAUAUCGUUACAUCUGAUGCGGAAUACCCAACUGACUGUAUAUGUAGGGUGUAUAUAGAGUGUGAAAGCUGUUAACGUCAUUAAUGGUAUGUCUGUCACUGAGUCAGUGUUGAGCAGUGCCGUGCAGGGUCACAUCCCUUGGCUACAUGAUUUGUUGUAAUAUGAUUUCGACACAAGAAACACUAUUGAAAGCAA